ACUUAGCCACACGUAUAGCAUCGAAUGGAUUCGACCAGGUUCAGAGUCGGUCUGGUCACAAUCCUGGUUGCGACGCUAUGGGUGAGCUCAUCAGCACAAUACAGCAGUUGCGCCUCUGCGCUCAUCAACCUCUCUCCUUGCCGAAACUACAUCACAGGUAAUGGAGGCGGUCUAAGAAGUGCACCAACUGCACCGUCUUCAGUCUCACCAUCAGUCCCUGCUACUCCCUCGGGUUAUGGUUCCCAGACUAUUCCGACUGGAGGUUUGCGAUCCUCUAAUGGAAGUUCUCUUCGGAUAACAUUCUCUAUCUGCUUCUCUCUUCUAUUCAUCGUGAUUUAUCUUUCGGCGCCUCUGAACAGUUUAUAAACCUCGCCGUAUUUUAUUCUAGAUCAAGUUAUCAUGAUGAUCAAUGUGUUGUUACAUGCUGAAUGUCGAUACAAUAUGUACUUGAGCUAAUGUCUUCUCAGGUGUAUGUGUACUUAUUUAUUUACCCCUGUAUCAGAUAUUUGAAGAGUCUGAAUGUAUCUCAAAUACUGCUCCAUGAGCAGAACUGUAACCAUGAGAACUGGAGGAGUCAGUCCCAGAUUUCCCCUGUUUACACUGAACCGCACAAAGCUACAGAAUUUGUUCAGAAGCUUUCAAUUAGAAUUGCAUAUGACAUCAUAAUCCUAUAGGGAGCUCUGUACUUCACCAGUCGAUGAAUCUUAUUUAGGGCAAUUUCUUCAUUUUAUCAAAUGCUCCUUUGCUAGUUUACGUGACAGUUUAAAAUGAAAAAUAUUUGAAAAUGAAUGGCAUAGACAUUAGCCAUCAUCUACUAUCCAAUUAGUUGGUUUUUCAAGCUCAAAGUUUUGAUAUCAUAUAUUCACAAACAAAGGUCUCAACAUAAAAAAUGUAAAGCUAAUGCCAAAGAGAACAAGCAAGUCUGCAUCAUUGAAAUAUUAAAAAGGAGAGAGCACAGAAUGUCAUCCAAGGAGCAGGUAAUUCUAAACAAAAGAUCCAUUGUACAAAACAAAACAUAUGACUAAAUCAUAAAUUACCCAUCAAGGUAAAUCCAAACUCCAAUUUUAAUACAUGUAACUCAACGUAGAAUCUAUGCAGUCUUCACAAACAUUUCAUACUACCAUUAUAAAACCUACCACUCAUCUCCCUACCAGAACACAAAACAAAAAACCCUAAACAAAA